AAACUUCUCGUAAACUCGUACGUGAGCGCAGUUUUACGCGUUAACUUGGCUGCGUAAUACGCGCCUGGAGACUUUUUCCAAACUACGCUCUUUUUGAUAAUUGAUUGAUCUCGGACUCACAGGAACGCGUUUUUUUUUAACAAGAAAAGUUCUUUAAAGUCACUUUUUUUUUAGUUUCACCAUGGCAGAAGGGGAUUACUACACUAUGGGGAAUCGACAGAGGAUUCCAAGGGAUCCGUUUGGUGAACAGUCGCUCGCAUCUCGAUUUAUGGACGAUGACUUUGGACUGCCACCGUUUCACGACGAGUUAUCUAUGGAUUGGCCCGGCUGGGCACGACCUCGAUUGAGCACGCGCCUCGACGCGCCGUGGACGGGCCCGGUGAGCUCGAGCUUCCCGCGGGGUUUCAGCACCAGAUACAGCGAGGGUCCACGCCGAUCCAGCGCUCCUCUGACCGACCCUGACCAGCCGUGGAAAGUGUGCGUGAACGUGCACAGCUUCAGACCCGAGGAGCUUAAUGUCAAAACUAAAGACGGUUUUGUAGAGGUGUCAGGGAAGCAUGAGGAAAAGCAAGACGAGGGCGGAAUUGUUACCAAAAACUUCACAAAGAAAAUUCAAAUCCCAUCCGAUGUGGACCCAAUCACUGUGUUCGCCUCUCUGUCUCCAGAAGGGGUUCUCAUCAUUGAAGCGCGGCAGACCCCUCCGUACUACCUCUACAGCAACGAAAUGCCCACAGAACCCAUGGAAGAACACGAGGCCAGACCUCAGGAACCCAGCAUGGCUUCAGCCGAAGUCUAUGCAUCCAGGGAGUGAAUGCAAGCUGACAUGCCCUUGGUAUUUGUUCCAAGCCAGUGCCAAAAUCUAGUUGUAUCAGUUUCAUAAAUGAACUUAAAUCAAAGGUCCUUAAUCUGCUAGUGAGUAGUCCAUAAAUCAAAUGUUACUCUACAUAAACUACUUUGAGAUGCAAAAUUGGGGUGGUGUUG